AUGGCACUUUCACAACGUCCAAAACGAGCAACGGCUGGAACCACCUCCAAAUAUGCUGAUUAUGCUUUAGUCUCGUUCCCUUCUUUAAGAAAACACUCGAUUAUCAAGAAUACAUUAAUUAAUACUGAUCAAUUGAGUCCGCCGGGUCGUGUUGCCGGUAAUAUCAAAGCCUACGGUAGUCGAAAACAAUUAUUGGUCAUCAAUACGGGUUCAAAAGAAGAAAUGGAAGAAUUACCCUCGAGAUUUGCCAAAGAGGCUGACAGUGAAGAAUUUGUUAUCCCCGAAAAUCAGUGUGAACAUCCAAUAGCUCAACAUGAAGAAAAUGCUAGCGGAAAUGAUGAUAAUUCUGUAUAUUCACGAAAAAAAGAAACAAAAUUUACAGGUAAACAAACGGGCAAAAUAUCAUCAACGGCUGAUGAUUCUAUACCUCCACUGAGCGAUAUAGUACCUUCAUCGACAUCUCCAAUAGGAAGGAAUGGUAUGUUUACUAUUAAGCUUUUUUUGUAACCGAAAACAUUUACGUCAUCAUUUUUCUACAGCUGAUACAGUUAUAUUCUCUCCGAAACAAGCAUUACAACACCAAAAAAUGAUAUUAAUGCCUAAUGCAUUGCUAAAAAUUCAGAAUUACCAAUCCACAAUAAC